GAAAACAGACGAAGAAGAAAGAUCAACAGGAAGAAGGAAGAGAUCUUCUGCAGUAAGACCUCCAGAAUGGCAGGGAGACGGGCUCUGAAGGCUGUGCUCAUCGAUCUCAGUGGAACUCUCCACAUAGAGGACACUGCAGUACCUGGAGCGCAGGACGCCCUCAACAGGCUACGACAAGCAUCUGUUGCUGUGAGGUUUGUUACCAACACCACCAAGGAAAAUAAGAGGAACUUACUGGAGCGACUGCAGAAACUCAACUUUGAACUCCAGGAAAAAGAAAUUUUCACGUCUCUAAGUGCAGCGAGAAGUUUGUUGGAGCAGAAAGAACACAGGCCGCUGCUGCUGGUGGAGGACAGCGCGCUGGAGGACUUCACUGGAAUCGACACAUCAGAGCCAAACGCGGUCGUCAUCGGCCUCGCUCCUGAUCAUUUCAACUACCAAACCCUCAACAAGGCUUUCAGAAUGGUUUUGGAUGGAGCUCCUCUUAUUGCCAUUCAUAAGGCUCGUUACUACAAACGUAAAGAUGGUUUGGCCCUUGGCCCUGGGCCCUUUGUGACAGGACUAGAGUAUGCCACGGACUGUAAAGCUAAAGUAGUGGGAAAGCCUGAAGAGUCAUUUUUCACACAGGCAUUGUCUGGUCUCGGAUGCAGUCCUAAUGAAGCUGUCAUGAUAGGAGACGAUGCCAGAGAUGAUGUAGGCGGGGCUCAGAACGCAGGAAUGUUGGGUAUUCUGGUCAGAACAGGUAAAUACAGAGACGGAGAUGAGAAGAAAAUUGACCCGCCUCCUUACCUGACAUGCAACAGUUUUCCUGACGCAGUCGAACACAUCCUGCAGAAUAUGCUAUAAAUCACCAUUGGCUGCUACCCUCCAAUCUCAUUUGCAUAAACUCUCCCACUUUGCAACAACUCUGUUGUUUCUCUGCUCUAAAAUUUUUCUGAAGGAAUAUUUGUUAAACGAAUAUUAAAGCUAAUGUACUGUGAUCAAUUUACAAAUCAUUUUAAACUCAGAAGAGAAAUCUUUGAGCAUUUUGCACAUUUAAAAAAACACACGCAUGCUACUUGAUUUAUACUCUUAAAAAAAGAAGGCAAACAUUUUUUUUUUUUGCAAUAUGCUUCUGUUCUGCUCAACAUACCAAAACACCCUCAUGAAGAAAUUAAAUAUCUGUGGUAUUAUAAUACAAAGUAGUAAGAAACGAAAAAUAAAAAGGUUUAAAAAAGAAAAAAAAUUUCCAGUUUGGAGCAUUAUUUUCAUCCUGACAGUCAAACCGACUUGUGUUUCCUCUCCCAGGCUGUGUAUCUGUCCAUCAGGUUUUGGGCUGACGGUUUAGUGUCUGUUAGAACCUCCAGGAAAUCUGAUGUUGUCACUGUUCCCAGCUCGAUGAUGGGCAUGUCUGUGUCUGCUGUGGAUGAGAAUCACAGCAACCUGAACAGUUGAAGGGAUCACCAUUUAGAAAUGUGUGGGAAUUUUUUUAUUCACCAUCAUGAUGCGACUCCAGAGCAUCAAAAAUCUUGCGAACUGGUCUCAUGGCGGCUUCCUUACACGUUAAUCUGAUAUCAGAGCCAGAGUAUCCCUCCAUCUGCUGUGUCAGAACAAAAAAAUUAAACUAUUUUAUUCCUGAUUUAAAUAUAUCUCAUAAUAUGAAUGCUGAUAUUUGCCUGUAAGCUAUAACUCACCUCUGCUAGCUCUUUGUAGUCUAAUUCAGUCUGUAGUUUCACACCUCCAAGGGAGCUGAGGGGAGGCAGCCAAUGAGAGAUCAUGGCUUGGCGAGCUGCUGAGGAGGGAAGAUUCACUAGAAUCCUUUUCUCUAACCUCCUCAACAUCCCGUGGUCCAGCUCCCUGAAACAAGAGAAAGAGGGAAAAAAAACAGCUGAUAUCUUUAUCAUCUCACUUACGAAGAUCUUAAUUUUUUUUUCAUGAUUUAACCUCAGACAAUUUUAUUUGGAUUUUAUUGGAUAGAUCAACAUAAACUUGAGCAGAAUUGUUGAGUGGGGGGAAAAAAGGUUCUAACAGAGCUUUUGAUCUUUGAAAAAAAACA